AUGGCCAGUGUGCUGAGAUGUCUCCCUGGCUCAGGAUCCGAUCGGGCCGCUGAACGCAUCUCGGAUAGGCGCGAGCGUCCCGACGAGCGGAUGGUCAUUCCAGAAGUCCAGUCGAUUUUGAACGAGGGCGAGUUUGGUCGCAUUGACCCUACUGGAUGGUUCCCGCACUACAAAGAGUGUGUUCAGCACUUUGUCGACUACAGCCAGCACACUCCUGCGGUGCAAUCCAUCGCCGCCUUUGUCAACAUCCGACUUCCCUGCCAGCGUCCCUCUGAAGCUUGUGUUUCGUCCUCGGAGUCUGGGUCGCUGCCGUUUGUUUCCCUUCGGCCAUAUAUUCGUCGAUUGAUUGUGACAGCGCAAGACUCCCCAUCUGUCAUGCAAGGCUUCUUUGGGGGAAACUGGGAAGCUGGUGUAGGAUGCAUCUACAAACAGGAACGUGCAAACUACCUCUUCACGGCCAAGAGCAGUGGCUGGGCCUCAACCAAGGCGGCCUACGAUAUCUCACCAGACGAACAAACGCCCUUCCUGAGGCCCUUGCGCGACCCCUCCGAGGAUGAAAUCCGAGUUGCCGAAACCCGAUGGAGUGAAUGGCUGGCGAUGGAGGAUUGGAUGGUUGGCGCGCGGACUCCCUGGUAG